GAGCCAGAAGCACAUGCAGGUAUCCUUCAUGUAAAAAAUCUGCCCAACCAUAUCGACAAUAAAUCCUUGUACGAGCUCUUUCGUCCCUAUGGUCCAAUGAUGUUGUGUAAAAUAUUACUAGAACAAGCCACCACUUUCAAAGGCAAUGCUCUUGUUCAAUAUUUUAAUUCGGAACAUGCUCAAGACGCAGAACAUAUCAUGAACAACAAGCAGCUGCAGGAUAAUAUCAUUACCGUUGCUAUGGUAGCCACACCCACUACCAAUACAACCACGUCCAGUAGCGGUACUGUCGUUACCACGUCACCCACACCGCAAAAGGACACUACGGUGGAUUAUACCAACCUCUAUAUCAAGAACCUAGACCUGAAUGUCAAGAGCGCAGAUCUCUUUGAGCAUUUCCGUAAAUUUGGUCGAAUCAUAUCUGCUCGUGUCAUGAAGAAUGCACAAACAAAGCAAUCCAAAGGAUUUGGCUUUGUCAGUUAUAGUAAAGCGGAUGAAGCUCAAAAGGCCAAGUUAGAUAUGGAUGGCAUUUAUAUUCUUUCCAAACCCAUCAUCGUUGCCUUUCAUGAACCAAAGAAGCCGCGUGAAAAUGAUCCUCAGGUGAAUUCCCCCAUUCAUAUUCCCCCUGUUAAACACGAACAUUAUCCACCACCGCCACAACCUACAAAAAGAGAGCUUCAUGGACAACAACAGCAGGCAUCUUUAUCUGCAUUAGCUUCUGGUGCUUACAUUAAUACACCACCUAAUUAUUAUCAUCACCCACAGUCACAGCCACCACCACCACCACCACCACAGCAACAACAGCAUGCAACGACGCAAGAAGUGCGACCUACCUUUCGAAGACGAGGAUCGAUUGAAAGUGUUGCUAGUGUCAUGACAGAGACAUCUUCAGAGACACGACGUCAUACAGUGACAAGAGCUGUCCUGUCGAUUGAAAAGGAACAUCAUGCGCAUGUGGAAGAUAUUGUGGAUAUGAUUCUGACUUUAAAAAAAAAGGAUUUGGCCACCUGUUUAUUUAACAAGGUCGUAUUAAAGACGAAAAUACGACAAGCCAAAGAUGCUUUGGAUAUCUUUCAGGAACAACAACAUCAGCAACAGCAACAACAGCAACAACAGCAACAACAGGUGUCGUCGCGUGCUAUACCUAUUGUGGCACCGAAACCACAAGAUUUGGGUGAGGAAAUUGAAAAGUUUUUAGAUACGUUAAAAGGGUUAGCUUUGCAUGAAAAGAAACAAUUGUUAGGAGAUCGUCUUUUCCCACUUGUCAAGUCGACAGGCGUGAAACAAGCGCCUAAAAUUACCAUCCGAUUACUGGACAGUGUACCCUUGGACGAAUUAGCUUAUUCCAUGUAUGAUAAAGAAAAGUUAAAACAUCAAGUCUCUCGUAUCGUUUCCACCAUUUCAACUCGUUAUUAA